UAGGGUUUUGCGAAUCUCUUCACCUAAUUUUCACCCGUCUCUUCAAUUUUAUAGAAUUUUUUCCACAAAAGAUUCCUCCGAUUCUCGGAAUUCGCACUAGAUUUUCGAUUUCAAGUUCGAUUGCGAUUUUCAAUUUCAAAUUUUCGAUUUUGAUUUCAUCCAUUUUUGUGAAAUUUCAAUGGUACAUUUCGCGAGUUUCGAGGAGCGGCAACGGCAGAUUCGACCGCCGGGGGUUGCCGGAGAAAUGAUUUCGGUGAAAUUGGAGAUUGAAGAGUCUUUGGUUGAUGAACAUGGUCCUUUUAAUAAGAAGCAGAAACAGUCUUCGUCUGCUGAUCAGUUUCUUUCUGGAAAUAAUAUAUUUCCAGCCCCGCCUUCGCAAUACAAUCCACUUGAGGAGCCUAGUCCAUUGGGUUUGAGGCUGAGAAAGAGCCCAUCACUUCUUGAGUUAAUCCAAAUGAGGCUUUCUCAAGGCAAACCAUCUACUUCGGGAUCUGUCCCUGAUGAUGAUUCCAGAUCUCAAGAAAAAAGUAACACCAAAGGCAGUGCUCCUGGGGCUACGGACAAGCUCAAGGCUUCAAAUUUUCCUGCUUCCUUACUUAAGAUAGGCUGCUGGGAGUAUACUUCUCGAUAUGAAGGAGAUCUAGUUGCAAAAUGUUACUUUGCUAAGCACAAACUUGUUUGGGAAAUUCUUGAAGGGGGCCUUAAGAGCAAAAUUGAAGUCCAGUGGUCUGAUAUAAUGGGAUUGAAAGCAGACAUUCCAGAUGAAGCACCUGCAACCUUGAUCGUAGUGCUGGCACGUCAACCUCUUUUCUUUAGAGAGACAAAUCCUCAGCCAAGAAAACACACACUUUGGCAGGCUACUGCAGAUUUUACUAAUGGACAGGCUAGCUUACAUAGGAAGCAUUUUCUUCAGGUGCCUCAUGGCCUACUAAACAAGCAUUUUGAGAAAUUAAUUCAGUGUGAUAUGCGUCUUAGUUUCUUGAGCAGGCAACCAGAAAUAAAACUCGAUUCUCCAUACUUCGAUUCUCAGCCUUCUAUUUUUGAUGACUCAAAUGAAUGUAAAAACUAUAGUGUGAAUCAAAGAGAAACCAGCAGAGGACCUAGCACCUCUAUCUUUGAAGAUGUUGGAACACCUUCUGCAUCCCAGACAUCUUCUCUCUCAGUCAAACAAGAGGAUGCUGUUAAUGGAGCAUCUGAGAUUCUGUCUCGUGAGGCUACAUCCCCUAGCUCAGUGAUGGAUAUGCGUGUAAUGGAAGGUAGUACAAGUAGUCAAUCAGGCGAACUGAACGGCUCAAAAAGCGUUGAGCAGCUAAUCAUGCGAGGAAUUCGCCCGUCUAUGUCAAUGACUGAUCUUGUAAAUCACAUUGGAAAUUGUAUUUCAGAACAGAUGAGUUCUGAGAAUCCCGAGUGUACAGAAGGAGGAUCUGAGUCCCAUACUAAAAUGCUGGAGGAUAUUGCUCAACACCUGCUUGGUGACGUCCAAUUCACACCAUGCUCUGAUGAGAAAUCCCUCAUGUCGAGGGUCAACUCUUUGUGCUCCCUCCUCCAGAAAGAUGGCACUCCUGUUCAGACUUUCGAAGUAACAGAUGAGGCAAAGGACCUAAAAACUACUAGCUAUGAACCUGAGCUAAUGGAUCAGAAUACAAUUAAAGGUGACAUAAUUGCAGCUGAGGGUUCUGUUAGAGAUGUCUGCAAACAGGCACCAAGCAUGCCGAGAAUUGAUUCUUUUGGGGAUUUGCUUCACCACCUUCCUAGGAUUGCUUCACUACCGAAGUUCUUGUUCGACAUUUCUGAAGAUGGGGAUAAUCAAGCACGGUAGAUCCUGAAGUGUACUAUAUUCAUUGAUUAUGGCUUAUGGUAUUGCAGAUUCUCUCGAGAUUUGGGACACAAGAAGCGCUGCUUUGUCAUCUCAUAUGGAAACAGAAAUUGUUGUAUUGCACCUUGUAUAUUAUUGGGAUUCAGAAAUUUGGUUUGAUGAUGAAUCCCGGUAAAUAACUGUAUAAAGAGUAACUAACAGACACACGGGGAUAGAUUACAGCUUCUUUUUUUAGUUUCUUGGCUGCAAAUGUGAAUGUAGCUUUCUUUUUAUACAUGUAUUUCUUAGAAUCUCAACUUGAGAUUCGUGGCGCAUCGAUCGUUAAAUGUUCUGGAA